AGCUUGACAAUAUUUUAAGCUCUAAGCAGGGAAGACAAGCAGUUUCCACCAGGUUUCCACUGAGGCAUGCGCUAAGUUCACAGUUACAACCGUUAUAUAAUUUUGUGACUUUGUUUGGUGUUUAUUUUAUUUUAUUUUUUGGUGGCGUAUUGGUUUCCGGUCCUUGACUGCUAGCUGUUCAAAGUGGGAUGGCCGAGCCAAGCCCAAGAUAUCAGCAGUUGCCCAAUGAGGAGGAUCCAGAGGAGAAUCCACAUGUAGCAGCUGAUGCUCCCCCUCCAUACAGCAGCAUUGCAGUGGACAGUUCUGCCUACUUUGACUUCAAGGAAGAUGGGGUUUUCCCGAAGCCUCCAUCAUAUAAUGUAGCAACGACGCUUCCUUCCUAUGACGAAGCAGAAAGAACUAAGGCUGAGACCUCUGCUCCUUUGGUUACCGGAAGAGAUGAAGACUUUGUGACCAGAGAUGAUUUUGAAGAUGCCGAUCAGCUGAGGAUAGGAAAUGAUGGCAUCUUCAUGCUCACCUUCUUCAUGGCAUUCCUGUUCAACUGGAUUGGUUUCUUCUUGUCUUUCUGCCUGACCACUUCAGCAGCUGGACGUUAUGGGGCCAUCUCUGGCUUUGGCCUCUCCCUCAUUAAAUGGAUCCUCAUAGUCAGAUUCUCCACAUACUUUCCUGGUUACUUUGAUGGACAGUACUGGCUGUGGUGGGUGUUUCUGGUAAUGGGCUUCCUGCUCUUUCUCCGAGGAUUCAUCAAUUAUGCCAGAAUCCGCAAGAUGGCUGACACCUUCUCCACUCUGCCCCACACCCGAGUCCUCUUCAUGUACUGAGCUCGCAAACAGAAAGUCUUCAUUGUGUUUUAUUUUCUUUCUUUUUUUUGUUGUUGUUUUUGGUUUCAGUAAGGCAUACUGUCUGGUGUUAUCCAAUCAGAAAGGGGGAAAAAAUUAAAAAAUUCCCUCUCUGCCGGAACCAACUUGGAUAGUUUGACAUCUGUUGACCCUUCUUGGUGUAAAACAGUUAAAGCUGUGAAAUCCAUCAAAUCCUUCAGUUGUUAGUGGUGAACUGUCAAGUGCUUUAUACAGUUAUGAAGAGUGUAAUGUUUAAAUGAAUGCCUUACUAUUUUAACUGUUGGCAGCAGCAGCAUGCACUGUUCUCCCUUUCAGCCACCAGGGGGCAGUCUUGUUUGUGUUAUUUUCACAAGCCAUCUGUGUAAAAUCUUUUUGCACAGAAAAAGGUGGUUCUCAUACCAAGGGUUAUGGGUUGAUAUAAGCAAUGUGAGAUAAUCUAUUUAAAUUUAAUGUGCUUUAGCUUCUUUUCUCCCUGUGAUGUUUGUUCCUUGUGAAACAUUAUGCGUUUCAUGUAAGACUUAAGCUGUAAAGGGAAAAUAGUUGCUGUUUUAUGGGGAUAUGGGCUUAAAAAUGUUUUGUAAAGAAAAAUCAGGAGCCAGUUUUCUCCAUGUGUCUUAAUGAUUUGUCCAUUUAUUUACUAAUCUUUAUUUUUCCUUUGUUAGAUGUUAAGUCUAGAUAGCCUGCAGGAAUAUUCAAGUUAGUCAGGAGCAGAGCUUUCUGGGUCAGGCUGAUAGUCUGUCAAUGGAGUGAGAUGUGCAUCUGAGCACUUCUGGUCAAAUAAAUAACUUCAGCACCCUA